CAGAUUAACUCAUUUUAAAGAAGAUAUGUUACAGUAGAUAUGUCAUGUUAUUUAUGUUGAAAGGUAUUUAUUUUGAGAAUUGAAAAAUGUUCGCAAGAAAAAGAAGAAAUCAAAUGUGCCCAACACCAAUGUCGUUUUUGUUUGCCAUUUGUGCGGAAAGUCUUACAUAAGAAAAAAUGAAUUUACACGACACCUAGUGUCACAUUGUGUAAAGAAAACCAUAUUCUCUAAACUACACAAUCAUAGACAGUUCGUAGAAGAAAACCAAUUAUUUUCAAAGCAAAAUUUGAUGUCAACGAGGAUUAGAAUAAAAGAUGAAAUGGCCAUUGAGGAAUAUAUGGACCUUAAGGACGGCUCUGGUAAACCUGUUGAGGAAGACAGACCUUACCAGUGUGAUAUUUGUUUGAAAUGUUUCAAGCGUAAAGAGUAUUUGAAACGACACAAACAGAGCCAUAAAAAUGACAAGCCGUACCAAUGUGAGAUAUGUUCUAAAUGUUUUGGAGACAAAGCCACUUUAACUGUUCACAAAUUAUGCCACACUACCGAUAAACCGUUUGAAUGUGAAAUUUGCCUAAAAGGAUUCAAACGCAAAACGUAUUUGAAGAGUCAUAUGUAUAUUCAUAUGAAGGAUAAGCCGUUUCAGUGUGAGGUAUGUUUGAAGUCUUUCAUAUGCAAAUAUCGUCUCAAAUAUCACAUGUAUAACCACACCGGGGAAAAAUUAUUUACAUGUGAUAUAUGUGAUAAAGGAUUUAUCCAAAAGACGUACUUAACAGCUCAUAAGCGUUGUCAUAGCGAUGAUAAACCAUUUAAAUGCGAAUACUGCCUUAGAUCUUUCGUCCAGAAAGAAAAUUGGAGGGCCCAUGUUUAUGGUCACACUGGUAACAGACCAUACUUGUGCGAAAUUUGUUCGAAAACGUUUCCAAGCAAAAGAAACUUAGACUUACAUAAAACUACUCAUGUAACCGACUCUUCGCUUAAGUGUGAAUAUUGCCAAAAGCAUUUUAAAAGGAAAGAUUACUUGAAAUGCCAUAUUUUGAUUCACACCGGAGAGAGGCCAUUUAAAUGUGACAUAUGUUCUAAGAGUUUUCAAAGGAAAAUCUGUCUAAGGGACCAUAUGUAUACGCAUUCGGAAGAUAAACCUUUUACAUGUCACGUAUGCUCGAAGGGAUUUACACGAAAGAUUUGCUUGAAGAAACAUAUGGGGCUACAUUCUAGUGGUACAUGAAAGUUUGUGAGUUUAGAGGGAGAAGUUGUAAUUUUAUAGUAAAUCAUUUUUAUAUGCUUUAUAGGUUUGUUCCUAGGGUUUCAAUUAAAAAAUUGUAUUUUAUAGUCUUUUUAA